GUUCUUUCGCUAUCCGAGGUGCGGGAGAGAAGUAGAAUCAAAAUAAGCUCGGAACCGUCAGGUGGCUACUGCUGUCGCUGACGGAUUGAUUGACGCAAGAUUUAUACCAUUAAGAUCAGGAGAGAAUAAUAUAGAAAAGAAAAAGGCAAGGACGACUCAACCAUGGCUGUCGGUGUAUUCCCAGCCCUUAAAUUGGGCAUGCUGCUCAUAAGACAGAUCAGCAAACCACUAACCCAAAUGUUUAUUAAUCAGGCAAAAAAUCAUCCAGUUUUCAGGACUUACUUCAUCAUACCACCUGCCCAAUUAUAUCAUUGGGCAGAGGUCAAAGGGAAAAUGUACCUGAUGAACCUUGGGAAGCCAACAAAAGUAGCAAAAUUGAACGAGGCAAUGGCUAUCGAGCUUGGGGCUAAUCUGAUGGGAGAAGUGAUCAUUUUCAGUGUUGCUGGGGGUUGUUUAGUGCUUGAAUAUUCCAGGCAGGCGGCAAAGGAGGCAAAAAAGGAGGAACAGCGUUUGGCACAAAUACAACAGUUCACCAAUGAUAUUGAGAUGUUGCAUAGCACGACAUUGAAACAAGGAAUCGAAAUAGCACAACUUGAGGCCAUUGUAAAUAAGUUGGCUAGUCAAGCAAAAAUUAAAUUACCUAGCAAGGGUACAGGGAGUGAGACAUCUGGUUCCGAAGGUGGCGGUUUGCAAAAAAGCAGUGAAACCCGCACUGGAAUUAAACUAGCAGCUCAAGAUGCUGCUUCUGGAAAUGACACACCAAAAAGAUGGGAGACAGAGCAAAAUCGAUCUGUAGUCAGUCGUGCUAUUGUAUACUUUGAAAAUGACGUCAAAAGAGACAAGCUUAGUUAAUUUUGAAUUGAGGAAUCCCUGUUUUGGUUCUACUCUUGUACAUAGUACGAUCUCAGAUUUUAUAAAAAGCUCAGAUGGAGCAGUUCACUGAAGCGUGUGUUGAGCGUAUGCAUUGCCUUCCUCGUACAAUUACAUCGGCAUUGACAUUUACAUCCGCGUGUGUGUGCUAAUGUACGUGCCUACAACAAUUAUGCGUAUUUACACAUAUAAAGAACAAAUAAAAUCAAUUUAGUUUAA